UCUCUAAACCCUGAUCGUCACAGUAGACCGGGGCUUUAGCUCUCUCCCCAAAACCCACCACAACUCGCUGAGUCGACUCGGUCCUCCCUGAAGCCAUGCUCUCCACCACUCGCAGGCUCUCCCGAGCUCUGAAAUCUCCAAUCUCCAUCUUCUCCCAACGACUCGUCGCUCCCGAAGCCCCACGCGCUUUUCUCCAAUGGCGGAACCUCACCGCUCUCUCCUCCCAGCCCUCCGGGAUUACUCGAGGUUGUGUUUCGCCAAUGGAGCAAGACUCUAUGUGGACAAUGCUAACAUUGAGGGCACCAUUUUCGUCCGAGGCGAGUUCAGUUGAAGCAAUCCACACAGAGGCUGUGAAGGAGCUGUACGAUAAAAUGGUGGAGUCUGUGAAAGUUAAACGGUCCAUGCCGCCUAAUGCUUGGCUGUGGUCCUUGAUUGAGAAUUGCCAAAAUGAGGAUGAUAUUAAGCUUUUAUUUGACAUCUUGCAGAAGCUCCGAACAUUUAGACUGUCGAAUCUACGUAUCCAUUCGAAUUUUAAUUGCAAUCUCUGCCAAGAGGUUACUAAGGCAUGUGCUCGUGUGGGGGCCCUUGACUUUGGAAAGAAGGGCUUGUGGAAACACAAUGUGUAUGGAUUGACCCCUAGUAUUGGAUCUGCUCACCACUUACUGACAUAUGCUAAAGAGCACAACGAUGUUAAACUUAUGAUGGAUGUAAUGACACUUCUGAAGCAGAAUGACUUACCUUUGCAAGCUGGUACAGCAGAUAUUGUUUUCAGCAUUUGUUACAAUACUGAUAAUUGGAAGCUGAUGUCUAAGUACUCAAAGAGGUUUGUUGAGGCUGGAGUAAAGCUACGGAGAUCCGCAUUUGAUGUCUGGAUGGAAUUCACUUCUAAAAUAGGAGAUGUUGAAUCCUUAUGGGAAAUUGAAAACUUGAGAUCGGAGUCUCAGAAGCAGCACACUGUCAUGAGUGGAUUUUCAUGUGCGAAGGGUUUACUCUUAGAACAUAAACCUGAGGAAGCUGCGGCCGUCAUUCAAUCACUACUAAAUCAGAAUCUAACUGAUGCAAAGGAGUCCAAGGUUGCAGUUGAACUUCAAAAGUUGGUUAGUGAGUGGCCAUUAGAGGUUAUCAAGCGCCAAAAAGAAGAGGAUAGGAUGGCAUUAGCUGUAUCCUUAAACUCUGAUAUUCCGGUGAUGCUAUCAAAGACUGGAUUAAAGGUGAGUGUAAAUAUGGAAGACCUAACCAGCAAAGAAGGCAUUCUCUGUUGAAGUCCUUGGCGCCCGGUCUGAUUCAAAAAUUUGUAGCUCAUAUUGUUCGUAUUUUGUAAAAGAAAUGUCCAGACCAAGAGAAGAGAAAAAUAAAUGAGAUAUUGUUGACAAGCAAUUUAAUAACUGCCUUGGUCAGAAAGACACUUCUAGUUCUCUGGUUAGUCGGUUAUGCAUUGGACUAGAAUCCUAU